AGACAACUAAGAUUUUGUCUUUAGGUUAUGUUAUGUUGUGAAAUGUGAGAUUUGUUAUUUUUCUUGUAGGAAUUUAGGCACGCAGUUCUAGCUAUUAGAUUUUAGACAUAAAUCUAAUUUCAUUUGUGAGAAUUUUAUGCUCAUAUGCUAAAGUCUAGGUCCAGUGAUUUAAUUUCGAACAUUGUGGACUAGUAGAUGUAUUCCAGUAAUACUGCAAUAAUUGAGUAGGCCUAUAGAGUCAUAGAGCAAGAUUAUUGAUUACAAAAAUUAUGUUAUUACUCCCAUUUCUCAAGGUUUCCAAUAAUAGUUAAAAUAUAAUAUAAACAAUUUGAGCUUUUGAUCUAUCUGAAAAUGGAUAAUGUACAUGUUAUAAUGCAUCCAAUAAUAAGCUCCAUCCAAAAGAUAGCAUUGUACGAAACAAAAACAAAAUUGUGUAUAAUUGCGUCAAACAACACGCAGAGUGUGUUUCGAGUAUUAAACAUUGAUAGGAUGGAACCCUUGGAGCUAGUAGUUGCUGAUGAUGGAGUAGAAUACACGCAGGAACAAGUUUGGGAGCUUGUACAAACUCUGGAUCCCGGCGGCAGAAGCCGCGCCAAUACUUCUAGGGCUGUCUCUGCUUUUGGAAUUGUUGGUUUUGUACGAUUUCUGGAAGGAUACUAUCUUAUAGUCGUCACAAAACGGAGGAGGGUUGCAGUCAUUGGAUUGCAUACAAUUUAUAAGAUAGAAGACACGUCAAUGAUUUACAUCCCCAAUGAGUCUGUCAGGAUUCCGCACCCCGAUGAGCCAAGAUAUCUGAAGAUGUUUCAGAGUAUUGAUUUGUCCAGUAAUUUCUAUUUCAGUUACAGCUAUGAUAUAACACAGACCCUUCAAGUGAACAUGUCAAUACCUACAAAUUUGGAUCGUUACAACGGAUGUUUCAAAAGCAGUUCAAAUGCCAGUCAUGUUGAAGAUGCUGAAAAUAUCGACAUAUUUUCUGAAUCUGACAACAACUCGGACUGCAGGAAGGAUAAAAACAAUUCAGGUAGCACAGGAGCCAAACAAACAAAAAUUAAAAAAAUUAUAGAGUAUGCUGUCCAAAGCAUACCAAAUCGACGAUUCGUUUGGAAUCAACAUUUGUUGAGCAAGAUUGAGAAUAUACUCCGGCCUGACUGGAUCCUAUAUAUAAUGCAUGGCUUCGUCAGCCAAUCAGCGGUCAACAUUUUUGGAAGGAAUGUUUACAUCACUCUGAUUGCCAGAAGAUCAAGUAAAUAUGCUGGAACCCGGUUUCUCAAGAGAGGCGCCAAUUUUGAGGGAGAUGUUGCAAAUGAAGUUGAAACAGAACAAGUGGUCGAAGAUACAGGUGUAUCUUCCUACGACAGCCCACGAAUAACUUCAUUUGUGCAAAUGAGAGGCUCCAUUCCAGCGCAUUGGAGUCAAGACAUCAGUAAAAUGGUUCCCAAACCGGCCAUCAUCUUUGAUUUGAGUGAUCCAUAUUCUGAGACAGCAGGUGCUCAUUUCAAUAACCUUCUAUAUCGUUAUGGAUCACCUAUAAUAAUUUUGAAUCUUGUUAAGAAAAGAGAAAAAAAGAAACACGAGUCUCAAUUGAGUGAAGAAUUCAGUUCUUCAGUUCGUUAUUUGAAUAAAUUUCUGCCAGUCGACCAUUGCAUUCAAUACGUCAGCUUUGAUAUGGCACGUAUGAAUAAAGGAAAAGAAGCAAAUGUGAUGGGGAAGCUAGCUGAUAUAGCGAGAAAUGCAAUUUUCAAGACUGGCAUUUAUCAAAGCUACAAUAGGCCUGAUGGUUUUGCGAUAGGGCGCAGCAAUAAUCUGCAGACGGGAAUAAUUCGGGUGAACUGCGUCGACUGCCUUGAUCGCACCAAUACGGCCCAGUUUGCUCUGGGAAAGUGUGCUCUAGGUUUCCAGCUACAUUCCCUUGGAGUUCUUGGUAGUCCGAAUUUGGACUUUGACUCGGAUUGUGUUAGGCUGUUGGAAGUCCUUUAUGAAGAUCAUGGUGACACACUUGCUUUGCAAUAUGGUGGCUCUCAACUUGUCCAUCGAAUCAGGACAUAUCGGAAAACCGCUCCCUGGACUUCGCAGGGCAACGAUAUAAUGCAAACUUUGAGUCGAUAUUACAGUAACACAUUCUCAGAUGCGGAAAAACAGCAUGCUAUGAACUUAUUCCUGGGACUAUUCAUUCCAGAAGAAAAUCAAUCACCGAUUUGGGAAAUGAUGACAGACUAUUAUCUUCACCACUUGUUAGCAGUUGGAAAACAAACACGUCGGAGAUAUCCAUAUGUUUCUCGGUUCAGGGAUUUCAUGCCACACUGUGUGACAGACUUCUCUCCAUUCACGGUGCGUGUGCGUCCCGGUCGCAGAAGAGAAGACACAGCCAAAGUCAUGAAGAACCCGUCACUUACUGGCCAGAGCUCCACCAGCAGUACUACUUCCAGUGCUAGUUCAAGUAUGGAGAGCGACGAUGAUGAUAUUGAAAGCAAGUGUUCGGAUUCUUAUAUGUCUUCCCCAGCUAAGGAUGCCAAUUGCUAUGGAAAUAUUGUAACAUUCCAGUCAUGUUUCCCCUCAAUGAAGCAAACGUAUGGAGUUGAUAUAUCAAACCCCGGCAGGGAAGAAACUAUAAUGUAUAAAAGGUACGUUAUUACAGAUCGUAUUGUGAACCAUCCAGUUACUUCCAAUAUAUCAAAAUUAUCUAAACAAGAAUUCAAGUUGACUAGUCAGAGCUCAUUUAUGGAUGAUAGUUCUUUUGAAAUCAAAUCUCCCAGUGUAGACGAAGAUUCAGUGAGUAUUUACAAAGAUUAUUGUGCUAGAUCAAGAGGUGUUUUGUUGGACGAGAAGACGAAACAAUCCUAUGAACGGUAUGAAAAAUGUGAACUCGGAUUAUUCACUUGCUAUGCGGUUUGAAUUGAUGCUUGGAGAUAGUUCGAUUUAAUUGAAGAGACUGGAAACGAUACAAUGAAUACUCAUGAAAUAUAUGUAAGUAUUCCCAGUCAAUCAUUGGAGUAUAUGGAAAUAUUCAACUACUGUUUUCUUGUUAGGUACCGUAAUGUUAGUUUUUCUAUAAAGUUUAUAAAGCGUAUUCAACUUUAACUACCACACAUGUAAAUGUACAGUAUGGGUAGCAAUUUCAAGUUUCUGAAUUACGAUAUUACUUUUGAAUUGAAAUAAAAUCUGUUGCUUAUGGAAAGAAA